CAGGAAGUGAUGUAAAAAAAUGCAUGCACGAUCAAAGUGCUCGUAUUUCUGUCCUCAUCUCUUUGUUGUCAUUACCAGUCUUCUAGCACUUUGAGGUCUGGAAGAAGCAGUCAGCAUUCCCUGUAGCUCAGACACCAGCUGAAAGCCCAUCAUGCCUCUGUUUCGGGCUUUGGAUGAACAGGCUGAGGCAAAGGCUCGGCCCAGGCGGAGGGGUCUGAGGAACGCAAAGUGGACUGGAAGCUGCUGGAGGACACAUGGUGAAGAUACGGUCCUUUCCCUGACACGCCUGUGCCUGUUGAGCCUUGCUGACAAUAUGAAGAACCUGUGGGUGAAAGACUAUGCUGACAACUACCUUGAUCAUUACUCAUUCAGAUACAUCAUGGGGCCUUUCAACCUACUGCCUGGUGAGCUUGUGGAGGAGUUGACAUGCCUGCUGUCCACCAGAAAGCAGCUUUCUCGGGCAGCCCUCCACCUCCUGCUGGUUCCCCACCUCCGAGGUCUGUCUCUAGAAAAGUGUCCUGGCUUGGUGACCCCUGCCUUGUGUGCUCACAUUGCUGCUCGUUGCCAGGGUCUACGGAGUCUGGACCUAUCCGGAGCCCAGCAGCUACCUCCAAAGGUCCUCUGUGAGACCAUCUCCAGUCUACCUGUUCUGCGUUGGCUCUCCUUGGCCGGCAUGCCUUGUGACAAGAGUGUAAUUCAAACAGUUGCCUGCUGCUGUAGUUUGUUGCAGCACCUUGAUGUGUCCUGCUGUCACCUCCUUUCCCCUGCUGCACUCCUCUAUCUCUGUGGUGUGAUUUUUAGUCCAUCCUCUUCCAGCUCUGUCCUCUCUUCCUCCUUGUCUUUGACCCCGUCUCCUCUCCCGCUAAGCAGUCUGUUGGCUCUGGAUAUUGGGUUUGGGGAACAGGAGGGAGACUCCACCAUGGCAGCAGCCUAUCUCCUUCUCUCUCUGCCUUGCUUGGAAAGAGUGGCCUUGGAGGGCCUGGGACCGGCCUGCCGUCUCAUUGAGCAAAGAGAGUUCAGCCAGGCAGAUGAGUUUGCUGUCAGGGAAGGUGUUUCCAGGCUGCACGUGGUGUGGAGGGAAAGGAUACUCAGGCAAGGCACGGAAAAUUGGAUGAAGAUGAGAGAGGGAGAAUCUGCUGGUAGUGGAGAUGAGAAAGAAGAGGUGGAGAGCCCAUUCUCAGAGGGGUGUGGCUGUGACAUUGAAGAUGACUGGCCUUUUAGCCUAAAAAUCCAAACCGAGGGAGUGAAGCAAGAUUUGUCCCAGUCAGGCCUGAUCCUGCAGCUUAGAGAUGUUAAAGGUGUAACUUGUGAGUCUCUGGGGAGUUUAGGAAAUUUAUGUCCAGGCUUGAACUCUAUAUCCAUGAACAUAGAGCAACAAGAGGAUAUAGGUGGAAGAAGACUUGGGAUGCUGUUGACUACCAAUCUCUGGACCUGGUCAGGCCAGCUGCGGAGUCUUUCAUUUAUCUACUCUGGCCCAGUGGUGGAUCUUCUUCCUGCAAUGCAAGUUGCAGGUUGUUCACUGAUCUCUCUGACAUUGAAUGGGGUAAAAACCAGCCCUGACACCCCGCUACUCGAGCUCAUUAGAGUCUGUCCCAGACUCAGAGACCUACUCAUCUCUGCUGAGCCUCCUCUUACGCCACAGUACGAAACUAAUAACGAUCAGCAGGAUGGUCAAGAUCUCCCACAGCUGCCAAAUCUCCGCUCUCUUAAGCUCAGUUUCUCCUAUGAGCACAAUCAAAUGAAGCCUCUCAUGUCCUGGAUGUCCCUAAAGGAAGUGAUCAAGUGUCUCCUGGUUGGUUCUCCUUUACUGGAGAAGCUCUCCUUGAUCUCCCUGCCGUGCCCUCUGAACUGCGUCCUGCAGGACACCUUGCGCAAUGUGAAUUUUGAUAUGAAUUUCAAUGCAGAUUCCACCAGCUUACCACUUCUGCCACUUGGAAGGAUAGAGCAUAUUGACCUGCUGCGAACAGAUGUGCAGAUGAGCACUGUAAAAAGUAUGAUGCAACUAAGCAAGAGGCUCAAGUACGUGGAUGUAAGUUACUGCUGGCGGAUUAGUCAGCGUGAGUGGCUGGACUGCAGGAGGUUUAGACAAGUUGAAGUUGUCUGGGUGUAGUAGAAAGAGGGGAGGAUUCCAACACUAAGGCCCCUAUUAAAGGUGGGUGGGCAGUAUUUUGUAUUCGAAAAAAUCCAAAUGCACAUUUUUUACAGUACAAAUUGUAUAUUUGUGAUAGUCUCUUUUUACUUCACUGUUAUGGAUAGCUGUAAGCAUGGGUGGCUGUAGACGGGGGCCAGCAGCGGCCAGUGCCCCUGUAGAACUGGUCCUGGCCCACGUAUCAAAGGCAUAAUACUAAAUGAAAUUCUUAUAUGUGCUUGCACAGAAACUGCAACUGAUUGGUCCCUUGGACCAGUUUCAGUUUUCACCUUUAUAGUUUUACUUUGAUGAAAUAAAAAUGAAGGUGUUGCACUUUUAGCUUCAGCCACUUUGAGAUAGGAUCAUUGUUUUCAUCUGCUAGAUCAGGGGUUUGCAAUCUGCAGUUCCAGAGCUGCAAGUGGCUCUUUGGCUUAAUUAAUAUAUGAAAAGAUUAAAUAUUGCAAUGUUUUUUUUUUGUGUGUUUGUUUUGUUUGUUCUUUUGUUUUGUGCCCCCAUGAAAAAACACUGGCCCCACCCUGGCCUCCCUGGUAAAUGUGGUCUAUAAUCGCCACUGGCUUUAAGUUAAUAAUACCUGUUUUUUCAAUGACGGUCUUUAUACGUAUAUUUCUGAUGUGACUGAAAACCAACAUGAAAGUGUUUGAGAAACCAUGUGGAAUGCACCAUGAUUUAUUAUACUGAAAAUAAAUUCACAUUGGAGUGAACGCAACAAUGACUCAUUUCUGAUUUUAAUUAGUUAUUUGACUGUAAAAACUAUUCAUACAAAUUUGUACUCUUUGUUUAGUAAUAUUUUCGUUGCAAUAAAUGAGAGUAUGAAA